ACAUGUAAACCCUACCCGUACAGAGAGGGAGCGAGACCUGCGAGAACGCCGGUGGCGACUGUUGUAACGCUGCCGCUAUUGCCACCACAAUGGCUCGCUCUCUCUCUCACUCGGCACGUCUGGUGUCCCUUGUCUCCGACGCUCUUUGCCCCGCUCUUCACCGGCGAGGCUAUGCGGUUUCUUUAUCGGCAUCCCAUGCCCCUCUGAGCGGCGGCGGCAGGUUGGGCAAGCUCGAGGACCCGUCGGCGACGGCGACCGAACAGAAUUCAUCGGAAGCAUCCUCUGCUUGGAUUCCGGAUCCCGUCACUGGUUAUUACAGGCCCAUCAAUUACUCCCCUGAAAUCGACCCGGCCGAGCUCCGGCUCAUGCUCUUGAACCACAAAAUGAGAUCAUCCCCCAACUCCGCUUAACUCCUUGGAAUGAUCGAUCCUUUCAAUGUUAUAUGAUGCUUGUUUCUUUGUUUGCAUCGCUGUUACUGUUUUUAGGUUACACAUGACCGAUAUAACAACUUUUCGGUAUAAGAGUUCUAAUGUUUGCACCUCAA